CGCCAGCGCGCAUAUAAAGCCUGGCGCGCACCACAAGCGCUUCACAUCUGAGGAGACGCAAGAGCAUUGCACACAGACAUCUCAACAACACCUUGGAAAAUAUGCACUCUAACUUUGUGAGUUGGGUGGGGACCUUGGCGUUCCUGCUGUGGGCUCUGCUGUGCCUGGGCACCCUGACAAAUGGCUACCCGGUGAAACCCGAGAAUCCCGGCGAAGACGCCCCGGCCGAGGACCUGGCCAAGUACUACUCAGCCCUGAGACACUACAUCAACCUCAUCACAAGACAGAGGUAUGGCAAGAGGUCCAAUCCUGAGAUAUUGGACACGCUGAUCUCUGAGCUGUUAUUGAAGGAAAGCGCAGAUACACUUCCACAGUCGAGAUACGACCCGUCAUUGUGGUGAGGAGGUCAUUCGUCGGUCCGACCUCCACGUCUAAACAUCAUGUCAUCGCAGAUGCCCCCCAAAAGGACCACCCUGUCUCUGCCACAUUCCUCCUCCUUGCCCAUCUGCUACUGUUCACCAUAAAAUUGUAAAUAUUUGACCCAGAGUCAUCAUUUGUGAAUGUCUUGAGUAAACCGGGGGACAGGGUAUGUGAACUGCAUUGUAUAUUUGUGCAAUUAAAGAGUAAUUAUUUGAAAAAAAA